AACUAUCGUCACAAAUCCCACAUCUUUCUCAUCUUUCUGGGUCGGCUUUGGAUUUAACCCCCAUUCUACUUGAAGAUAAAAUUUUCCUAGACAUUUGCCUCUUUGCUUUGAUAUUAUAUCAUCAUUCUUGCUCAAUAGGGCUAGCUAAAUUUAUUUAUGAAUUUACUAUUUUUGUUGAGCGUAAUAAAUUUAUUAAAAUUCAUAAUAAAUUAAAAGAAGAACCAAUCCGGUGCCGACAAUUCAGACAGAUACCAUCCCUUGCAAAAAUCUAAAGGAAAUUCCGAUAAAGCUCUUAUCCAUUGUUAAAAUAUCCGAAACCCCAAAACGACCACAGAUAAACUCAAACCUCACUUAAACAACUUCCACGUGGCCACAUUUUACCCCUCUCUCUCUCUCUCUCUCUCUCUCUCUCUCUCUCUCUCUACAUAUAUAUAUAUAUAUAUAUAUAUAACAAAAAAUAGAGUUCUUCGCACCUCUCUAUCUCACAAAGACGAAAGAAAAAAAAAAUGUCGCUCUCCUUGCAAUCUCCGUCUUCUUCAUUUCCCUCUUCUUCUUCUUUGCCAAAAUCUAGAUUGAGAUUUGCAAAUGGGUCUUCUUGUUCUGCUCUGCAUUUCAAGUUCAACAGAUCUUUUCCAAUUAUUCGUGCCUCCUCGGGCUUCUCUUCUUCUCUUGACAUUGGGUUGAGUACUGAACUGGAUGCUGUGUCUACUUUCAGUGAGAUAGUUCCUGACACUGUGAUCUUUGAUGAUUUUGAAAAGUUUCCACCAACUGCUGCAACUGUUAGCUCUUCUCUGCUGUUGGGUAUAUUGAGCCUUCCCGAUACCAUUUUUAGAAAUGCUGUGGAUAUGGCUUUGGCUGAUUCAAGUUGUUCUGGGCUGGACAAUCCUGAACUGAGGUCGUCUUGUUUCGUUAACAAGGCUUUGGUAAAUGUUGGUGGUGACUUGGCAAAGCUAGUUCCUGGUCGAGUUUCAACAGAAGUGGAUGCACGUCUGGCUUAUGACACACAUGGCAUUAUUAGGAGGGUGCACGACUUGCUGAAGUUGUAUGAUGACAUUGAUGUUCCUCCAGAGCGUUUAUUGUUUAAAAUACCUUCAACUUGGCAAGGAAUAGAGGCCUCGAGAUUGCUCGAAUCUGAGGGUAUACAAACACAUUUGACUUUUGUUUACAGCUUUGCUCAAGCUGCAGCUGCAGCCCAAGCUGGUGCUUCUGUUAUUCAGAUUUUUGUUGGCCGUGUUCGGGAUUGGGCACGCAAUCAUUCUGGAGACCCUGAGAUUGAAGCUGCUAUUCAAAGAGGAGAGGAUCCUGGGUUGGCCCUGGUGACAAAAGCUUAUAACUAUAUUCACAAAUAUGGACAUAAAUCAAAGCUUAUGGCGGCAGCAGUUCGUAACAAGCAGGAUUUAUUCAGUCUGCUGGGGGUUGACUAUAUCAUUGCACCCUUGAAGGUAUUGCAAUCACUCAAAGAAUCAAUCACUGCUCCUGAUGAGAAGUACUCUUAUGUUAGGAGGCUGUCCCCGCAGUCUGCUGCCAACUUAAAUUUCACUGCUGAAGAGCUCACAAAGUGGGACCAAUUAAGCCUUUCAUCAGCUAUGGGACCCGCAUCUGUGGAGCUUCUGGCUGCUGGACUGGAUGGAUAUAUUAAUCAAGCAAAGCGAGUUGAGGAAUUACUGGACAAGAUUUGGCCACCUCCAAAUGUCUAAAGUGGCUUGUCCAUUUCAAUGCACAUCUCUUAUGGCAAUGAUACCAACUCCACCAUGUUAGCAACACUUUUUUUUUUCUUGCGGAGUACUUAAAGUUGGUCUUUAAAGCUUGAUGUCAAUCCUCCAUUUUUUUCUGUUAUCCAUGAACACAAUGCUGAUGUUGCCCUGCCGCCGUUGCACGUGGUAACCCUUUCACUUGCUUUCCAAAAAUUGCAUUCAAUUCCAUGGCAAAGCUUUCCUUUUCACAGUACUGUUACGUUUAUGCUAUUAUGGUUUCAUUUUUGCAAACCCUUUAGCCUAUUAUUGUUUCGUUUUGAACAACCUAGGUUAUUGAGUUCUGCUUGAUCAGCCAGGUGCUCCAGUCUUUCAUAUAGUAUAGCUAUGAAGUUGGCUAUAGCUAGCUAGUCUGUUAUUGUUGCUUGCUUUCACUUGGAAACCUAACCUAAUUUAUUCAGCCUAACGUAAGUUUACCAGAGCCUUUAUUUAAAGCUCCAAGCCAAUGGAAGCACUGACUCUGUCAUUUGGAGUUUGGGAAAAAAUAGGGCUAGGCUUUAGUGGUGGUUGAGCCCUAACUUUGAAAUCUACUUUUGAAAUAAGCUUUAGUGUCAUUCAAGCCCAAGAAAUUGACAGCCUGCAUAGAAAGUCCAUUACCUAGAGCUAAAGGCUAGAACCUUGGUACAGCCUUCUGCCUGCUAGAGGAGCUGAGUGGCAGUCACCUUUCUUUUUAACUUUCUAGAUGGUAAAGGAAGAGUUUUUGGUUUGAACUUUGAUCAGUAUUCGUGUUUUAGAUAGGCUAUCGCCUUAUCCAGAUCCGUAUCCGACCAGUUUUCCCUUUAAGGAAAAAAAAAAAAAAGGGAAGGUGCCACUGCCAUGUUGUACCCCAUCACCUCUUCCCUUUCCCCUGACAUUGGAGAUCCCCUCCUUUAAGAAAAUGAAAGUCAUGGAUUCAACAUAAAACAUAAAACAUUUGCUCCGUUCCAUUGUUUACUUUUACUUGACAAACCCAUGUCGGCAUUAAUUAGACUAGUCGAUACAACAUAAAGCAUAGCAAUUUUUUUUUUUUAUUCAUAGUAACAUUAACACAAGGAGAGAAUUAUUGAAAUUUUAUAUAUAUGGAUUUUGCUAAUGAGUGUUAUCAAAUCAUACUGUAAGAUUAAUUAAUAUAUUAUUUAGUGCCCAUUAGUAAAAUCCUUUAUAUAUAUUGAUGUCAUUAUUAUCACGUUAUUAAGAUUUAUUAGAGACUAUAAUCAAGUAAUUUAGGUAAAGAGAGGAAAUCAUGUUAAGGCAGUGGAUAGAUAUUUGAACCUUGAACUUUUUGACAUUUUUAAGACCGCUAAAUCAAGUUUAA